AUGGACCGGCUCUGGGAGUUAGAAGAAGUUGAACAAGAGGUUUUUCGAUCCCUAUUCCUAAGUUAUUAUGAGUUGAGUCCAACAGUUAGACGUUGUCUUUUGUAUUGUGCUGUUUUCCCAAAAGAUUAUGUGUUUGAUAAAAAUGAAUUGAUUGAGUGCUGGAUGUCACAAGAAUGUCUUAGUAUGAAAGGUGAUAAGGAAAAAGAAAGAAUCAUAGGCCAAAAUUACUUUGAUAACUUAGUGAUGCGGUCUUUUUUCCAAGAUUUUGUUAAAUACAACAUCGAUGAUAUUGUAAAGUGCAAAAUGCAUGAUAUUAUCCAUGACUUUGUACAGUUUCUCACAAAAAAUGAAUGUUUUAUUAUGGAGGUGACGGAAAGUGGUAAAGAGAAAAACAUGGUAGUCGAUAAUAAGAUUUGUCAUUUGAAUAUAAUGUCAACAUGCAAUGAUUCGUUUCCUGCUUCAAUUUACAAUUGCAAAGGAUUACGGACUCUGAUAAUUUCUACUAAGAAACUUCCUACAUUACCCUCAGACUCAUUUUCACUAUUGAAAAGCCUUGGAAUGUUAAAGUUAAAUGAAAACUCAAUCAAAGAAGUUCCCGAAAGCAUUGGUGGACUAGUACAUUUGCGGGGACUUAGAAAACUACCGGUGAGCUUAAGAAAGUUGGUUAACUUUAAGCAUCUUUAUGUUAGGGGGUGCCCUGAUCUAAAAGUACCAAAAGAGAUUAGAAGAUUAAGAAAUCUGCAAAUCUUAGAUGACUUGUGUCUUCAAGACGACUGCUGCGACGAUGGAGGAAGUUUCAAGUUAGGGGAUUUGGGAAACUUGGAGAAGCUUCAAGGGAGCCUUUGGAUACAAAACUUGAAGUCAGCGAAAGAUGGGAGUGAGGCUAAAAAUGCAGAAUUGGGGAACAAGAAGAACCUCCUUCAUUUGAGAGACUACAUUUUGGGCACGACUAUGUUAGAGAUCCGGAGAGAGCUGAGGAUGAAGAAAUACUGA